UCGAGUCAGACAGAUGGGGAAGGCAGCACAGAACCACCAGGCAGCACACUCCUCUCCUGGACAGGCCAGAACAGAGCCCUGAGCAGCCCCUGGACUGCAGUGCCAUGAUCAUCUAUUGCCUUGUGACACUCCUCACCUCCUCUCUCUUCUCGUCUCAAUGCUGCUCUCUCACAGCUUUCCUCCAGCUGCUACCGUUGGCUGUGUCCUCUGCAGACCUUCUGCCAAGGCCGACACUCUCUGCAGACCCCAGUUACCAUUUUUAUUAUGAAGGAGAAUAUGUCGCUUUGAUCUGCUUGGCUACGACAAAGAGGAACAUAGGUGGAUUUCGGUUCUUCAAUCAAAGUGGGGACCAAAUCUACCUGCAAGCACCUUACUCCCUCCCAAAAGCCCGGUUGCAGCUCACAGCUACAAAAGCAUCUGGAGGGUACACGUGCAUGUAUUUUGUGGAGGACUCUGGACACCAAAUUCCUUCCAAUAGGAGCCUUCCUCUUUCACUUGAGGUUCGGGAUGCUCCCGUGGCCCCAACGUUAUCCCUGGAACCUCAGCAGCAGUUCUAUAGAAUUGGGGACUCCGUCAGGCUACUCUGCUCCAUCCCCUCAUCUGCAGAUUAUGUUAGAGAAGUUCAGUAUUAUACGGACUAUGGAUCUCAGAUGUCCAUCCCAGUAUCGAACGUGAGAAACUACAGCUAUGAACUCAGCAUCACGGAACAGGAAGUCUCUGGGUCUUACAGCUGUGCCUAUUUUGUAACUCUGCCUAAUCGUGCCGUUCUCUCAAAAAGGAGCCACUGGAUCAAUGUCAACAUGAAAAGCCAUAAAAUCAGCUGGAUUAGAGAGAUCAUUGUUGGGGGAUCCUUCUUUACCAUCAAUGGCCUCAUCUUUUUCUUCUCCCACCGCCUGAUGAAGAGAAGAGAUCUGAAAGAGGGAUUCCGGAUGGACUAAUGAGAGGAAUGAGAAGAAAAAAUCCCCUAAAGGUUUUACUCCAUUUAGCUAAGGCCAUCGUUCCCUCGGGGCCUGCCUGAUUCCUCAUUGUCUGCCUCAGAUUCCUCAAGAAGCAGAAGUGGUGCACGUUCAACCGGCAUUGCUUUGGCCACUCCUUUCCUCUGUGCAGACCCCUGUGCCUUCCAACCUGCCUUGGCUCCAUUCUAAUAAAGCUGGACAUUA